AGUAUCGCUUUCAACUAAGCCUAACAGAUCAUCGUUUCGCACCCACGGUACGGAGGUACAGUAACUAAUCCCGGCGCUUCGGCGCAACUCUUCUUGGCGCAACUCACACCACAAGUGGAUCAAGAUAGUGCCAUCGACCUGGCGAGAAGGAAGGUGGCCGAUACGGAGCAUGCUGUGGGUGAACAGAGAGAUAGAAGCGGAACAGGUACGGGUAGAGUCGCCGGACUUGACAGCAGCAAUCAUCCGACUGCACGAGCGUCGGGCGUUGGUGGUGUCGGUGUACAUACCAGGAGGAGACUGGCAAGCACUGCGAGACGCAUGCAACAAGCUAAAUACGGUGGUUAAAGAUGCAAGAAGAAGGGCCGGCACGGUAGUGGACGUGGUGCUGGCCGGCGACCUCAAUCAGCACGACCAGCUGUGGGGAGGAGAGGAUGUGACGCUAGUUAGAUUGAUUGAUUGAUUGAUUGAUUUUGUCCUACUCGGUUUCAGCCGCGUUUUCUCCGCAGCUAUGCCCGGAUGACAGACAUGGCAGACAGCCGACGCGAUGCGGACGUGAGUCCACAACGCCCCACUUCACUCUCGAAAGAGCCAUCUGUCCUCAGAGGCCUGCCGUUGUCUGGCUUCUAUCUACGACUAUGUACAUUUCGUCUGUAGAAGUGACGUCUUUUGCCUAUGUUUGUGUUCUGCGAACUGUGUUUCUAUGUGUAUGCCGUACUCGAAGCCUCAUGUG